UAUUUUUUGUUGUUAGGAGGAAAAUUAAAACAGAAAGAAAGGUAAUUCCACUGCUCAUAGCUCCGAUUGAAACGCUGUGCCACGCUCUCCGUUGUACGUAACACGGCUGCAAGAAGGAAACCAGGGGGUGUGAUGUAUUGUUUUGCUGGAAUCCUAAAUAAAAUUAUCUGCUUUAUUUGAUCGUGUUCCAAUGGCGGAUAUGAUUAGCAUGUUGCCAGAUGAAGUUCUGUGUCACAUCCUCUCGUUUCUCCCAACUGAAGAAGUUGUUACAACAAUGGUUCUCUCAAAGAGAUGGAAACCACUCUGGCCUUUAGUCUCUACCCUAGACUUUUACGACCAUAGAUAUCUCGAUUUCAAGGAAUUUAAAUCGCACUUUUCCUUCAUCAGAUUCGUGUACGCUACCAUGUUCUCACGAGGUUUGAAUCAACCCAUCAAAAACUUUACCCUCAUUGUAAGGGAACAAUGUCUAGAUACCGAUGUCAAGGUAUGGUUAAACGCUGCAAUACAACAACCUCAACUUGAGAAUCUCAAUGUCGAUCUUUCCCUUUCCAUAUUGCCUUGCUCUAUUCUCAGCAGCGCAUCCCUUGUUGUUUUCAAGUUGCAUAAUGUAACUUUUGAUGUCUUUUCUUCUGUUUACCUUCCCUCACUCAAAACACUGCAUUUGGACAAUGCUUGGAUUACAAGGCUUCGAUAUUUGAUGGAGCUUCUUUAUGGGUGUCCAGUUCUUGAAGAUUUGAUACUAAAUGACAUAGAUUUUAAUGAUUGUUCAUUUGAGGGGAAGGUUAAGACUUUAUCCAAGUUGGUCAGAGCAGAUGUUAUUUUUGAUAGUUAUCGUCAUUUAAUUCCUGUGAAAGCUUUUUCUAAUGUAGAGUUUCUGCGCAUAGACGAGUGCGAUGUGGAGAUCCCUGUGUUUUCCAAUUUAAUUCAUUUGGAGCUUAUCUUUGGAGACUUUAUUAAAUGGAGUUUGGCCCUUGAUAUGCUCAAUCAUUGCCCUAAGCUUCAGACUCUUGUCUUUGAACUAAAUUUUGGUCAUGAUGAUGAUGAUGAUGAGGUCUGGCCAUACCAACGAUUUGUUCCCGAAUGCUUUUCUUCACAUCUUAGGAAGUGCUUUCUUAAAUAUUUUAAAGGACUGGAAUGCCAGAUGAGAUUUGCAAGGUAUGUUAUGCAAAACUCAGCAUCAUUACGUACCAUGACAAUUCAUUGUAAGGGCCAAAAUCGUGAGAAAGAGCUUGAAAUGAUAGAAGAAUUGGCCUCAUACCCUAGGAGUUCUUCAAACUGUAAACUCUUAUUUGAGUGAUUGAUAUGCUUCUUAGUUACCAGAAAUUAUUCCUAAAAUGACUGCUUAUGUCCUUAGUUUUACAUUUAAUAUAUCUGCUGGUUUUGGUGCUUUUGAUGAU